UAUAUUAUAUUGUCAAUUUUGACUGUCAAUUCAGUAUAACCCUAAAAUCUAUGAAGGAUAAUUUGAACCAGAAGCAAUUUAUUUAUUUAAAGUAAAAUUUAAUGAUUCAUUUCAAUUUGUUCUAAUUAGGAAGAUGGCUAUGGGUUUUCGUCAGUUUGGUAUCAGUUUUAUUAAUCUAAGCACAUUUUCAUUAAAGCACCAGCAUGUUAUAAGAAACAUCUGUAGCCCCAAAUGCUAUUCACUGCCAAUUAAGAUAAAUCAGUUCUCAUGUUCACAAUAUAGCCAAUAUACAUUAGCUAAUGAAUUUAAAGUGGGAAACAUAGACGUAGACAAUCAUAUCAAUACAAAUGAUGAUAACUUUGUGCUGAGAGUAGUAGACAUUAAAAAACAAGAGAUUGUACAUAGAGGUUCACAGCCAAAUUUACCAAAUGAAAAACCAUCUGAUGGACAGUUAGAAAUGGUAUAUAGAACUUUAAGUGAAAGUCUACCCAAGUUAUUUGUUCAACCAUUGGAUUAUAGUAUUUAUCAUCAAGAUAUUAUUUUUGAGAAUAACAUUAGAGGGACUCAAACUGUUGGUAUAUUUCCUUAUGUUAAACAAAUGUCUUUAUUAAGAGUACUGGGGCACCUCAAAUAUGCUUAUGUCAAAUUAGAAAUUAUAAAAAUUACCAAAAACCCUGAGGACUCCUCUAUCAAAGUACGGUGGAGGAUUCGUGGAGUGUCAGGUUUGAAAGUGAUGAUUCUGUUUUGGAAGUAUAAACUAUGGAACUAUAAGGGAAUAUUUGAUAAAUCUGAGAAUUGGUAUGAUGGUUUUUCAUCAUUUUAUGUAAAUGGAGAUGGACAGAUCGUGAAACAUGUUGCUGACAAGAUGAUGCCAGAUUCAGAUUCUAUAGAUCAAUCUGUAAAAGCACCAAUUGAUUCAGCAAAAUUAGCUUUAAUUGUUGGAGUAUUACCAAGAUUUUCAGAUUUGUUAUAUGUUAGAUUAUGAUUGAAUAAAUGAAAUUAGGAUUUAUAAUAAUACAAU